UGUAUUAGUCUACUCACUGCGAGCUCAACUGCCCACUGCGUGCGUGUAUAUAAGGCAGCUAUCCCCUUCACCAAAUCAUCACAAGCUAGACACUUGCAUCUGCCAAAGAUCGAUAAGUUGCUACCCAAACCAUUCCAGCCUUGCCUCGAACACCAACAUUUCCCCAUCGAGUUCCUGUUUCUCCUUCAUAGGCAUCUAGCAACCCCAGCAGCAAGCCAUGAAGCAAAAGAUUGUCAUUCAGUUGAGCAUGUCCUGUGACAAGAGCCGGGCCAAAGCACUGACGCUUGCUGCCAGAGCAGCCGGUGUGACGUCCAUGGGCAUAACCGGCGACGCCAGGGACCAGCUGGAGGUGGUAGGCGAUGGCGUCGACCCGGUGUGCCUUGUCUGCUGCCUCCGCAAGAAGCUCGGCCACGCCCAAAUCAUCAAGGUGGAGGAAGUGAAGAAGCCGGAGGAGAAGAAGAAGGAUGAGCCGAAGCCGGCGCCGGCCGUGCCCGUGCACCCGCCGCCGUACUACUACCCGCCCAGCUACUAUCACCACCAGUACCAGCCACCGCACAUGGUCGCAGACGUCUGCGACGAACAGCCCGGGAACUGCCGGACCAUGUAAUUGCCAGGGAACGAUUUUGACGUACUUUAAUUUUGUCAGCAUGUAACUUUACACAGUUAGAUGUA